UAAAAUAAUGAAAAGCCCAGAAAUUUUUGUCUGGGAAAUACUCAUAGACAAUCACAGCUCAACAGCUUUUUAACUUCCCUCUCACUCUCAGAUCAUUCCUGUUUCAUAUUCAUCUCUCUCCCAUCUCUCUCUAUCUCUCCUCUCUCGCUCUCCCUUUUCGACUUGAGAGUUUGGGAGAAAGAAGAAGAAGAAAAAAGGUUGGAUUUUGUUCACUUUAUCAUCUUCAAUCUAUCAACCCACCUGAGUUUUCUCCAUUUCUCUCCUCUGUGUUUUGUUCUUUUUCAUCACUUUUUCUCUGUUUGGUUUCUUGUCAGUUUUCUAAAGAGCUUCCAAAUCUGAGAUCCUCUGUUUUCUCUUCUCUGUUUGCUUUAAUUGUCUCUGGAUUCGGAUCUGACCACUAAAGAGAGGUUUAUCGUUCAGACAACAAAACUCAAAGAUCGAAUCUUUCUUUUUUUCCUUCUUUGUCCUUAGAGUCUGGAAAAAGCAGCUCUCUUUAGAUUCUUCAAAGCUUUAGAUGCUUAUCUCUCUUUCUCUCUCAGAUUCCAUUUCAAAAAUGCCAUUUUAACAGAUCAAAAUCUCCCACUUUUCUCUCUCUCUCUCUAUCUACUAUCUCUUUGAGCUCCACCAUUGAUAGAAACAAAAUCGAAAACUCUGUUUUUUUCUUUCUUUCUUUCUUUCUUGAUUCGAUCAACAAUCGUUGAAAAGAUGCACAGAGGAAUCCAAGUUAUGUCACCAGCAACAUAUCUAGAGACAUCAAACUGGUUGUUUCAAGAAAACAGAGGAACCAAAUGGACAGCUGAAGAAAACAAGAAAUUCGAAAACGCUUUAGCCUUUUACGACAAAGAUACUCCUGACAGAUGGUCCAAGGUCGCUGCCAUGCUUCCAGGAAAAACCAUCGGAGAUGUGAUCAAACAAUACAGAGAGCUUGAGGAAGACGUUAGCGACAUCGAAGCAGGUCUUAUACCAAUCCCUGGCUACGUUUCCGAUUCAUUCACACUCGACUGGGGAGGCUACGACGGAGCCGGUGGUAACAAUGGGUUUAACAUGAACGGUUACUACUUUUCCGCCGCCGGAGGAAAGAGAGGAUCCGCCGCACGAACGGCGGAGCAUGAGAGGAAGAAAGGUGUUCCAUGGACAGAAGAAGAACACAGACAAUUUCUCAUGGGUCUAAAGAAAUAUGGGAAAGGAGAUUGGAGAAACAUAGCUCGUAACUUUGUGACCACACGAACCCCAACGCAAGUCGCAAGUCACGCUCAAAAGUAUUUCAUACGUCAAGUCAACGGUGGCAAAGACAAACGCCGAUCAAGCAUCCACGAUAUCACCACCGUCAACAUCCCCGACUCUCCUGACGCUGCAGCCGCGGAUAACGCAACUGCAAACGCACCUUGCUCACCCCCAUCAAUAGGAGGAAGCCAGCGGGAAACGUCGGAAUGGGAAGGUCAAACACUAUACGAUGAAACAACGGCUGCGUUUUAUAGUCAAAACGCGUUUUCAGAAACGCUACUUGGAAUGUCUUCGACGCCAUACAUGGCUAAACUGCAGGAGCAGAGUUUUCUGAACGCAUCGCAAUUCGAAUCGUACAAUGCGUAUCUCCAAAUGUAGCACAAGGUGAAGAUCUCGGAGACGUUAAGAGUUAUAUAAUCAUUAAUAAGUUUUACUAUUUUUGUUUUUUCUUAAUCGGCGUGCAUAUACAAAAAAUAUUAGCUACUUUUUUUUUUUUUUACGAGAUGCUAUUUGUUGUUUUGUUUACCAUCUUUUUCCGUGGUUGAUUCAACGAGUUUUCAACAAAUUAAUUAGGUUUUGUUAUUUUAUUUACCGAGUGAUAAUUUAUUUGAGUGAUUUGGAACUCUUAUGAGCUCAAAUUGCUUAUCAGAAUUUAUGUUGUGUUAUAUUUGUAGACUUUCAUUACAAUUUUUUCCCCUUACUGGUGGAUUUUUAAUUAAUAAAUUAUGAUUU